AUGAAUCCUGGUGACCAAUGGCAUGACGAUACUUCCGCAUCACCAAGAGAAUCACCAUAUUUAAGAGCUCGCAUUCCUCGCAUUUUACUCCCGAAUUGCGAGGUUCAGCGUCCUAAGGAGCCAACUAUGUUCAUGACGACCGUCGAGCUGCCAGUCGACAUACUCCUUGCAAUCUUUGGCUAUCUUACCCCCAAUGAUAUUUUAAUUGUGAGGCAGACCUGCAAGAAAUUAUUUGAAAUAACACACCUUCGCAGCCUUUGGCACCGUCUCAUGCAAUCUCAUGUGCUUGAGGAAAAUAUACCUGUUCCAGGACUUGGUCAAAGGCCGCUCGAAUCGUUGACCGCUGGGGAAAUUGAACGACACACUUUCCAGGCGUUGCGUUUUCGGCAGAAUUGGAUUUCCGAGUCCCCAAUGCCCACAACAGAGGUCUCGCUUUCUACCGUCCCAAAUUCUCGCAUCGUCUCUCUUCAGUUUCUCUCGAACAGCGGCUGCCAGUGGCUUAUCUCCUUGACUAUGGUCACUCCACUGACGGGACCUCGCCUCUUCCUCCUCCAAUGCUGGGAUCUUCAAACGCCUUCCCCUACAUGCGUCGCGCUUCGAGAACUCCGGCAAAUUGGAAGCAUGGCUGCGACUAACAACCCUUCAGGAAGUGCAGUGCUUGCGGUACAGUGCCCACAGCACAGUAUUCAGAUUCUCUCCAUCUCUCCAAACCCUUCAAAUCCUGUGAAUGGGUUCGUCACUCUAGCAAGUUUCCGGGACGAUAUAAGCACGCCGCACCUCUUCACCGGAUCAACACUCUUGACGGGUGAUGUUAAUUCUCGAUUUCGACUAUGGAAGAUAGAAAACCCCCAGACGAAGAUCGAACUACAGAAUCCAGAUCAUCAUCAGGCAGAGCGAGUUCUUGCCGCGUUGCUUGACGAGCGUUUCGUUGUAGUUGUCCGGUCGACAACGCUGGAGGUUUACGAACUUCCACGAGUGACACCAGAAACCAUGCAGGAGAGAGUCCUUCAUCCUAUUGUUCAACAUCGGUGGCCAUGGCGUAUCGAUACUGUCGUUAUAUCUGCCCAGGCCGUAUGGCCGAGGACGCAGCUAAGAUUGCCUGCGCCCAUCAACAUCCUAAUACGAUUCGGAAGUCUUUUUCCCUGGCCUAUCAACCUCCUUCAUCAUUACGAGCUGCGUCCAAACACAUUUUACGUCCAGUCAAAUUCUAUCAGCGAAGAGAAUUUGCCAUUUCAAUUCCCCCCCAUCUUGAGACAAACGUUUGGCUCCCCCGUCCGCCUUUUCGCACCAACUGAUUUGGUGCUUGGCUCGUGUGGAAGUGCCAUGUGGAUAGAUAGUCACACGGAGGACUAUUUCGGACAUAGCAACUGCGGUCAGAGGCUCGCGGGCAAGUAUUCAUCAGGGUUGAUGGCUAAGGACCACGAAGAUGAGGAAGCAACACUUUCUGACCAAUUAGCUUCCACAGCGGCGACGUCGGUAUACAGAGUCCAUGAGGCAGAUAGUUGGGUGCGAUUGGCCCUGGAUGAGUGUGAGGGAAGGGUUGCUAUUGGUCACGUUCAUGGCGAAAUCUCAAUCCUCGGCUAUGCCUGA